UGCACAAACACACACACCAAGGCGUCCAUCUCGCUGCCACCCCGUCCUUGGAUUCUUUUUCUUUUGCCGUCCUCGCUUCCCUGCCCACCAUGUCAGGCCAGCACUGUCUCCGCCGCCUGCCCGCGGCCAUGCGCUCUGUGCGAGCUUUGCGCCCCAGCCCACGAAGCACUCCCGCUGCGCGCACCUACUCGGCCGUCGCCAGGGCAAACUCGUCUGGCCUCCUCAGCCAGGCUUCAAGGCGGCCGGGCCAGCUCUCGACACAGCGCCUAUGCACACUCGACCACAUACGAACCUAUGCCGACACUAUCGUCAAGGUGCCCGACAUGGCCGAGUCCAUCACCGAGGGCACCCUCAAGCAAUGGUCAAAGCAGGUCGGCGACCAUGUUGAGCAGGACGAGGAGAUUGCUACCAUUGAGACGGACAAGAUUGACGUGGCCGUCAAUGCGCCCGAGGCCGGUAUCAUCAAGGAGUUCCUCGUCAACGAGGAAGACACUGUCACGGUUGGACAGGAAAUUGUGAGGCUCGAGCCUGGCGCCGCGCCCGAGGGUGGAAAGAAGGAGGCCAGCGAGCAGCCCAAGGAGCCCGCCCCGGAGUCGCAGGAGACGUCGUCGCAGCCAGAAGGCCAGCAGGAGCAGUCUCAGCCCGAGGCGCCCAAGGAAGAGUCCAAGCCAGAGCCCAAGCAAGAGACACCCCAACCGCCCAAGCAGGAAUCCAAGCCCCAGCCGCCCAAGAAGGAGUCCAAGCCAGAGGAGCCCAAGCCCGCAACCCCUGGCAGCCGUGAGGAGCGCCGUGUCAAGAUGAACCGCAUGCGUCUCCGCAUUGCCGAGCGCCUGAAGCAAUCGCAAAACACUGCCGCGUCUCUGACUACGUUCAACGAAGUCGACAUGUCGUCCAUCAUGGAGUUCCGUAAGCUCUACAAGGACGAAGUGCUCAAGAACAAGGGUGUCAAGCUAGGUUUCAUGUCGGCCUUCUCUCGCGCCUGCAUCCUCGCCGCGCGUGACGUGCCCGCUGUGAACGCUUCGAUUGAGGGUCCCAAUGGCGGCGACACGAUUGUUUACCGUGACUACGUCGACAUCUCGGUUGCUGUCGCCACGGAGAAGGGUCUCGUCACACCGGUCGUCAGGAAUGCUGAGAGCAUGGACAUGGUCGGCAUUGAGAAGGCCAUCGCCGACCUCGGCAAGAAGGCGCGCGACAACAAGCUGACGAUUGAGGAUAUGGCCGGCGGCACCUUUACCAUCUCCAACGGUGGUGUCUUCGGCAGUCUGAUGGGCACCCCCAUCAUCAACCUCCCACAAACCGCCGUGCUUGGUCUGCAUGCUAUCAAGGAGAAACCCGUCGCCAUCAACGGAAAGGUUGAGAUUAGGCCGAUGAUGUACCUUGCCCUCACGUACGACCACCGACUACUCGACGGAAGGGAGGCUGUUACUUUCCUGGUCAAGGUCAAGGAGUACAUUGAGGACCCCAGGAAGAUGCUCUUGUAGACAUAAAUGUGGUUUUCCGUCUCUGUUUUUUCUUCGUCUUGUACAUUCUGAAUGUUUCAUUUUGGUGCAUGACGGCAUUUGGGCGGAGCAACAUGUCGACGGUGGGGAGGGGAAGAGGCGGGAAGUGCGAGAUGCGGUCCAAACGCACUGAAUUAGACAUUUUAUGCAUGCUUGCAUUUGCUUGAUUUAGUUCUGCUUGCGUUUUGGGAUGGGACAGCAACCAAAAAAGAAUUUAAUGGUGUAUGAUUAUUAUAGCAUGAUGCAUUGGUGGGCGUUGUUCGUUUUUUUUUCUGUUCGCGCGUCCUGUUGUUUUUUUCGGGUUUGCGACGCGUUGGGAGCCAUGCUGGCUGCUGCUGCGCGUUGCCGUGCCACAUGUUAGUAGCACGUGGUGGUAAUGGACCAUGUAACGCAAAAUGUGCGCUUUGCAGAUUUUGAGGUUUGAC